UUUCAAAACAAACUUCUCCCAUCCAUGCGCCACAAGAGCGAGAGGUGAGCGGUGAACAGGAGAUCUUUGGGAUCGAUGAGUAUUACAGCAGUACUUGACCUGAUCACUUGUGCUCAGGCUCCAAAGCAAUGGUGUUGCAAGGAGAGUGAUGGAAGUUUUUCAAGCAUCCUUCGAAAGCUGCCCUGGUCUUCAACUACCGAGGACACAGAUGACUCCGAAGAUUUCGAUUGCUGGGACCGGUAUUUUCCUGCAACAAACAAUCAGGGAAAAAACACAGCUUCUUUGGAGUUGGCGAUGGCCUCCCUAAGAAAGGUUUCGUGUAGCAAGAAGCUACUAGGGGCUCCUGGCCAUACUACUAGGAGCAAUGUUGGCUAUUAGAAACAAGAAUUCAACACUAAAUUAGAAUAAGUAAAACUAUUUUUUUUAUUUGAGCAAAGGGCAUCGCUACUAGGAGCAAGGACGCUACUAGGGGCUCCUGGCCUUACUAGUAGCAAGAAGGUAUUAGUAACAAAACUUCAUUCCCAAUGGAGACUUGAGACUCCGAGGUCCCGAGUUGGAGUGGAAGCCACCUGUCAUGUGUGCAGACGGCUCCAGAUACACCGGCCAGUGGAGAGGCAGCACUUGGCAAGGAGAGGGUCAGCUUGAACGCGCGGAUGGCAGCACCUACGAAGGAAGCUUCAGAGAUGGCAAGCCUCAUGGAAAAGGCUGUCUGAAAGGUUCAGAUGGGAGCGUCUACCAGGGCCAGUGGCGCCAAGGAAGGGCACAUGGCGAGGGAAAAUACACCAAAGCAGGUGGUGCUGGCUCAUAUGAAGGCCAGUGGCUCGAGGACAAACGCUCUGGAGUUGGGACCGAGCUGUGGGCAGAUGGAUGUGUCUAUCGCGGAUCCUUUUUGAACGGCAACAAGCAUGGAAGGGGGUUCUACCAAACUGCUGAUGGGUGCACCACCUACAACGGCUGCUUCCAAAAUGAUCAGAUGCAUGGUGAAGGCGUUUACAAGUUUUCAGACGGGCGUGUUUAUUCUGGAUCCUUCAAAUCUGGGCAGAUGACUGGCUAUGGGCAGAUGUCUUGGCCAAGUGGUGCUGCGUAUGAAGGGCAGUACUUAAAUGGAGAGAAACAUGGGCCUGGUGUCUACACCUGGCCUGAUGGCCGGGUCUAUGAAGGGCAAUGGUCGCAUGGAGAGAUGCACGGCAAAGGGGUGCUGUACGGCACUGAUGGCAAUGUCGUAAGCGGAGUUUGGUGUCACGGAAAGUCACCCUAGCCGCCUAGCUUCCAGAAGCGUAGCUAUGGAAACUGUACAUAUCGACUUGAGUGUUUAAUGUCUUGACAUGUCUGACGACAUGUUUUGACGACAUGUCUGCAUGUUUGCAAAUCAAUCGCUCCCAACGCUUGGAUCAAAUUGGUAGGAGCAAUGCUCGCUACGAGGAGC